GGACGUUUUGGGGUUGCUUUUAGAUUAGGUUGAUUUAUAUUUCAUUGUAAGCGGUAGGGGAAAGAACAAAAAGUCGCUAAUCAAGCUAAAAAACACUAGAAGGGGUGAAAAAUGGUGGUUGAGCGCGAUCGUUCCCAAGAGCUCUAUGUGCUUUUCGACACUUUAAGGCAAUCCUCCACGUCUAAGGGUUCCACACAUGGUAAGUCCGAUGCUCGUGCACCGCAGAACAAUGAAGUCGAAAGAUUCAAUCGUUAUGCACAGGCCUUUUCAAUGGAUAUAGCAAAUAUUUCUGACUCCAUUGGUCGUUUAACCAAACUUAUAAGUAGGCAAAACGUGUUUGAUGAUCAGUCAUCUGAAAUUAGUACUCUUACGCAAGUCGUAAAGGCUUCUCUUCAGCGCCUGCACAACGAUUUAUAUACACUGGAGGAGUUAAAGAAACGAUCCAUAGACUCUCAAAAAAAUGGGCAACACUCCAACGCCUUUGAAAACGAUCGAUUCUUUAGCGGCGGUGCCGCCAGUCAUUUACAGACCUCUCAAAAGCAUAGUGAUGUGGUGGUAGACACGCUGAAAAACCGCCUUGCUCGUACUGGACAGCAGUUCCGGAGCACGCUGCAGCACCAGUCGAUGAAUAUCAAAACAAACGCAUCGCGUCGUCAAUUUUUCACAGCCGUUGACCGACCACAAACAUUUGAGAGUGCGUUGUUCCAAGACCAAGAGCAGCAUUCCCAGAUGCAACUUGCCGUAGGGAUGGGAAAUGCCCAAUACUACCAACAGCGCGCAGAGGCAGUAUCUGAAAUUGAAUCAGCGGUCGCUGAAGUUGGUGAGCUAUUCAAGGACUUUACGCGUUUGGUUCAUGAGCAGGAUGAAGUUAUCCUUCGCAUUGACAGCGAUGUUGGGUCGGCGCUCGACAAUGUAAAUGUUGGCACCAAUGAGUUGAUGCGUUAUCUCACCAGUAUCAGUUCAAACCGUGGACUCAUCCUCAAAAUAUUUGCCGUCAUCUUCUUUUUCUUGAUGUUUUUUGGAUUUGUAGUGGUUCGCUAAGAGAAAUCAUGAGACCCAAUUGAAUUCAACAGUUUAACAUCCGCUUCUCAGAUGUUUAGUCUUUCUUGAAGGCGA